UAUGAUGCUCCUUCCCCUUCAACAAUCUGGUUCACUACGAUCUGGUUCCCCACGGCGAACGACAAACCAUACUUGACGCAAACGGAAAACCCUACACUAUGCAAUCUGGUUCGUGACAAAACGAAAAACCCCCACACGAUGCUCCUUCACUCCGCCAACCCUACAAAUUUGUUUCAUUGAUUCUGGUCCAGCGAUUGAAAAGAUAAUCAGCCGUAUAGGAUCGAUCGAACAGAAUGGGUUGGUACAUUAGGGACGAGUAUGAUGAUUUCAUUCCAAAUCGUGAUUACAAAGGAAACCCUAGUGUUUAUGCAAAAAUCUUCUAUGGUGGAUCUUUUAGGAGGUUUCCAAGCAGCAGGUAUCUACAACGAAGGUCAGCGUAUGUGGAUUACAUCGACAUUGAUGAGUUUUCUGUUCAUGAAGUUGAUUGGAUGAUGUGAGAACUAAAGUUGUUCAAAGAAAAGGUGCCACUUUAUUAUCAUUUUCAAAUACCAGGUAGAGAUUUAGAUACUGGUUUGGUAGCUUUAGGGUGUGAUGCCGAUGUUCGUAACUUGGCAAAAUAUGUGGGUGACAAUAAGUUAAUCAACUUUUACAUUGAACAUGGAACAUCUAUGGUUGAUACUUAUUUAAAAUCACCUGAGGGAUCUAGGGUUGUUAUUGAGGAAUUAGUAGAGGAAAACCAUGAGAUUGUUGGUGUUAGACAAAACAAAAAGAAGCUGGUACCUAGAAGGAGAUUGAUGCUUGAGUAUGUUGAAGGGUCCUCUAGUGCUAAUAAGAAUACAAGUAAUAUAGAGACUGAGACUGAUAAUGCAGUAGGUAACAAUGAUAAUGCAGUAGGUAACAAUGAUAAUCCAGUAGUUAACAAUGAUAAUCCAGUAGGUAACAAUGACAAUCCAGUAGGUAACAAUGAUAAUAUAGAGAUUGAGACUGAUAAUGCAAAAGAGGGUACAUGUGUAGAUGGUUUUAACUUUGAUGACAUUGAUUUUUCUGGAGUAUUCCUAAACAAUGAGGGUCAUAAGGAUAAUGAGGGUGAGGUGAAUUGUACGAAUGAGAAUGAGGGUAAUAGGGAGGCUGAGGAUAAGGGUGGUAGUGAGGAUGAGGGUGGUAGUAAGGCUGACUGUUCUCAUCAAAGUGAGAAUGAGGGUGAUGAUUCAGAAGACAGUGACUACAUAGUUGAUAAUGAUUAUGAGGUGGAAGAAAUGGAAGUUGAUACGAGGGACUUCAAUGUUUUUGUAGAUGAGGAUGAAGAAUAUGUGGGCAGUCGUAAUUCUGGCAUUGAUGAUGUUAGAAAUGAAGUGGAUUAUGAAAAUGAAAUUGAUGACAACCUUAGCUAUGAAUCAUUUGAUAGCUUAACUGAUGAAUCAAUGGAAGAUUUUGAAACAAGAAGGAGCCAAAAGCUAAGGGAAAUCAGGAAUAAACAAAAGGUUAGCAUUUGUAUAACAACCCUAAACUGACACCUUCGUAAUAUUUUCUAA